CUUUUUGUGAGAGGACAAUUUACAACUUGGUAAUAGACCUUUUUAUGUGCCUCCAUCGCCUGUCAUUGGAUGCCACUGGUCAUGUGUGAGAGGCAAACGUCUUCAUGGCUCUUUUCCUGAUUUCCCAGGCGGUUUUUUCCCACUGCAUUCUGCGUCUAUGUCGUUCAAACCGAUACGCCACAGUCUGCUUUCUCAAAAAUUGCAUUCGUUUCAUAAACGUCUGAUCAGCACUUAUCUGAAGCACUGCGCAGGUCAUUCUCCUGGAUGACAAAAGGAGGGUUUCAACUUUCUACUCGUCUAACCUCCUCAUACACACAGCAGCACUGGCUCUUCACUGCUUUAUCAAAAUGCAGUGCAAAGGUAAACCUCCAAGAGUAAACAUGGAUUACAUCCCUUCUAUAGGUCGAGGAGGGGGCAGUGAUGAAUGCGUGAGGGAUAUACAAGAGAAUUGCACAGAUUUCGGUCACAGACUGGAGCAACGGUGGGAAACACCAAUCACGUGAAUAAACAACAACAUCCAUGCCAUUGGAUAAAGUUGCAUUGGCUUUUUGGCUUUGAAUCCACACCAAAAUGCAGAAAGCAACAUACUACGAUAACUCUGGACUGUUUGGAGGGUACACCUUCCCCAAACCAGACUCCUACAACUACGGCCCUGCCCACCAGUCCUACCCUGCGUCUAACAUUGAGAAUGACUACCAGGCCUCGGUGUGUCCCAUCCAGACCGCUGCUGUCCGGCCCCCGACCCUCAAAGACAGUGACCUGAACGCAGACUGCAUGCGGCAGAGCGGCAGCCAGAGCAGCAGCAGCAGCAGCAGCCAGGCCACCAGCAUCGUGGAGCAGCAGGCACCCCCACUGUCUGCAUCCUCUCCCAGCCCCAACAGCUCUGCACCCCCGAAGAAGAAAUCCCCACCCAGCAGCGCUUCCAGCACUGCCACACCGACCCUCACUAAGCAGAUCUUCCCCUGGAUGAAGGAGACCCGGCAGAACUCAAAGCAGAAGGGCAGCAGCUGCUCCGGCGCAGGUAGAGAUCAGGAUGCUGGAGAGAUGAGUGAUGAGAAGAGCCCACCGGGACCGGCCUCCAAGCGGGUCAGAACUGCUUACACUAGCGCACAACUUGUGGAGCUGGAGAAGGAGUUUCACUUUAACCGCUACCUGUGUCGCCCACGGAGAGUGGAGAUGGCGAAUCUGUUGAAUCUCACCGAGCGUCAAAUAAAGAUCUGGUUUCAAAACAGGAGGAUGAAAUACAAAAAGGAUCAGAAGUCUAAAGGGCUCGCACACUCUCCCCUGGGACACUCCCCGGACAGGAGCCCACCGAUGAGUGGCCCAAAUCACAUUGGAUACUCUGGUCAGCUCCAAAACGUGAACAGCCUCAGCUAUGACGCGCCCUCGCCCCCGUCCUUCGCCAAACCACAGCAAAACAUGUACGGUUUGGCGGCGUACACGGCACCUCUGGGUGGCUGCAUCCCGCAACAGAAGAGGUACCCGGGCUCCGAGUACGAGCACCACGCCAUGCAGAGUAACGGCGGCUUUGCCAACGCCAAUUUGCAGGGUAGCCCCGUUUACGUGGGGGGGAAUUUUGUUGAUUCCAUGCCAGCCUCGGGCCCCAUGUUCAACCUCGGCCAUCUUCCCCACCCCUCAUCCACCAGUGUGGACUACAGCUGUGCCGCUCAGAUCCCAGGAAACCACCACCAUGGACCCUGUGAUCCCCAUCCCACAUACACAGACCUCACCUCUCUCCAAGCAUCUCAGGGAAGGAUUCAGGAAGCGCCUAAACUCACGCAUUUGUAAUAUGUGGUUUCUGUGUGUGUGUGUGUGUGUGUGUGUGUGUGUGUGUGUGUGUGUGUGUGUGUGUGUGUGUGUGUGUGUGUGUGUGUGUGUGUGUGCGUGCGUGCGUGUGCCAAAAUUAUGUUCCGCUCUUUUUAUUACCUCACUAGUCUAAUAACUACACUCCAAGCGAGUCGUGUGUAUUAUUACAGUAUUAUUGAUAUUACUAUUAAUGCUAUUGUGUGAUUAUUUUUUAAAUAAUAACAGCUUUGUCCUUUUCUGUUGAAAAUCUGAUGCGCAGAGGCAGGUUGUCAGUUGUUCCUUUUUCUUUUUUUUUCUAAAGUGCAAUGCGCAAUUUUUGACUGAAUAUUUCAUGGUGUUACUUGAAGGUAAGUCUUGUAGAUCACGAAAGUAGAAGCUCAUCUUUAGAGAGAAGGACUUUUAGGGAAUAUUUCGUCUGUUUUGUAGGAUAUCACUCUCCUCUCGAGCAUCCUAUUUAUUUAUUUUGUAUCAUUUUGCAUAAUCUUUUGUACUAGCAUAUAGCCUAUUUAUUAUUUAAUUACUUUUGUAUUGCACAUUAUUUAUCGUUUAUAUGCGAGUAUUUAUAAGUGUGGAGUUUUUUGUAAGAUUGGACAGAUCAGUGCACUUAAAAGUGUUGGUAAAACAGGGUUUGAAAAAUGCUAUGACUCGCAGUAUUGUUGAAAAAGAGCAUUUCUAAUUGUAAAUCUGGGAUAAAUGGGACAUCUGGUAGUGUAUAAACGCCACUACAUGUCCAUGGUUAAUCUUGUGUCAAAACUAAAGCAAAACGUAGACUAUCGAAUAUGAAUAUUAUACACACCAGCAUGUCAUUUUGUGUAGUCAUUACUAUUUUUUAUUUGUCUUACAUUGUUAUUCCAUUCAGUUGGAUAUCCAUACAUUUAUGAAACCUUAAUGAUAUUGAAAUGUUA